AUGAUUACGUCGAUGCUUGGGGUCACGGGCGAUAUCCUCGCCAUGGCAAGGCCUAGUACAAUGGCAAUGAAGAAGUAUGGCAUUAUUGAACAAUUCAAAAGGCAUGGGAUAAACUCCGUCAUCAACCUUCAAAAGCCGGGGGAGCACAACAGUUGUGGGAACAGCCUGGAGGAAAGUGGCUUCACGUAUGACCCUCAGGUGUUCAUGGACAAUGACAUGUUCUUUUACAACUUUGGAUGGCCUGACUACGGCGUGGCAGCGAUUCCAUCCAUCGUCGACAUUGCGCUUCAAAGUGCAUGGCGUUUGCCUGUUUCUGCAGGGAAAG